AUGGAUAGCUGGCAGUGCUGGAUUUCCACUCACGCUGAGUGCGACCAGGUGGGGCAACCAGUUGUCUUUGGACAGAGAAUUGAUAUGGUCGGAGUCGUCUUCGGAACUAGCAGAGGAGGCAUGGCAGGAAACGGCGAGCCAACACCACGCCAUUAUGUCACCUUUGCGCUCCCAGCCCACAAAAAGAGGUUGAGAAGUCUUCUCCAGAAAAGGGAGUUCACGUCUUAUCGCAAUCUAAGCUAUUUGCUUCCGUACUUGCAGCAUGGCCCGAUUCUGAAUAUACCGGACUACGAGGGUUCCAAUGCCGCGUUUACCGUGGGCCCGCAAAGUGCCUACCAGACUCUGGAUUCUAUCCGUGCGGCACUGAAUUCAGAACACCUCACCAGCCUCAGUCCUGUGGCCAAAACGAUCAUGUUCGGCUACUCUGGAGGCGGUUACGCCACAGAAUGGGCUUCUGAAUUCCAUCUCAGUUACUCACCGGAACUUAAAAUCGUCGGGGCUGCGAUCGGCGGUCCUCCUACUAAUAUUACAAAGAGCUAUCUGUCCGUCAGCGGGGGACUGGCCGCAGGGUUAAACGCCUGGGCCAUGCUGGGGGUAAUGAACGCGUAUCCUCACCUCAAGGCCUAUAUGCUCGACGACCUUCUACCUGAGUACCAUGAUGCCUUUCUUGAUCUUUUCGACGAAAUCGGCGUGAUGGGCAGACACGGAUUCCCCAAGUUUUUGUUGUACAUCUACAAAGGCACGAAUGAUGACAUUGCACCCACAAUCGAAGAUACAACUGCUCUGGUGCGGAAGUUCUGUGAGGAAGGCACUAAUGUGAGGUAUCUGCUGUACGCGGGGCUAGACCAUACGACUGCCUUGAUUUUUGAUAUGCUUCCAGGUUGGGGAUGGAUGACAGAUAUCUUCAACAGGAUUGAGCUACUAGGCUUCAAUUGGAAUGACCUUGACCUUGCCGCGGAUCUUCCUAACUACGCAAAUGGCCAAGACCCUAGGCCAUCGAUCCAAGAAAGCCCGUAUGGCAUGGGCAAGCGAAACUUCACCCCUCGGCAUCUAGACAGCGAUACAGCAUGGACUACGCUCAACGCUACCUUGAAUGUCAUCUAUCCCGGCAUCGAAGGACCCCUUCUAUAUAUCGCCUUGGCACUGUUUGGCUCAGGAUCGUUCGCCGAUAUGAACACACCGUUCUGGCAGCAUAUGCCAACACUGGCAUCAUCUACGAUGGUUGUAUUGACAUUAUCCCUUUUAUACCACUUCUUGACGACCCGCACUCCUUUAAGGCGUCCCUGGGUAACCCGUGUAUCAAACAAAGUGCCUCUGUUCGCCACUCAAGAUGUCGGCCGCAUCCUGAUUCUCGACGAGACUCCCGGGUGGAUGGGAGAACGCAUCCGAGGGAAGAUAGGGGAAAGGCGCCUGGAAAUUUGUACCAGGCCUAUAAUGCUAGCCCAUGUGAUCCUAAAGAAUGCCUCGUCGAUAAGCUCGAGCCUGCGCCUAGCGACCAGUUUUGCAUCCAAGGAGAUGGCUUUCUGGCAUGCCACCUCUGAUCCCGCGAGUUAUACCAAGCUCCGAUUACAUAUCUGUUACCAAUGA